AUGGUCUCCCUCGUAACUCUAGUCCUCUCUUUUACUCUUUUUUCCCUCAGGCUAAUUUUGGCUGCAAACAGAGAUGAGUUCUACAACAGGCCAACCAAAGCUGCAGACUUUUGGGCGAGCAACAGCGAGAUCCUCAGCGGUAAGUAUCUGCACUUGACGCUGAAGUGGCAGAACCACACUGUGGGGCGACAGAGAUAAUUCUGGAGAGGAGUCCCUUCUGUUUCCCCUGUGUCUUUCUCUGAGAGCCUCUAUUUCACCACCAUUUCAGCUCAGCUAGAAUGCAUGAGCCAGAUAUUGGUUUCUAUGUCAAGAGACCAGUUUUGAGAGGGAUUUAAUGCACUUAGUGUGCCAGUCAUUCCAUUCUUUCAUUAUUAAGAGAAUAGCUCUACUACAGUAUAUUGACUGAGAACAAAUGCAUCUCUUUGAGUGUUAAGGCUGUUUAAAAAGUGGACAGGGUGGAAGGCUAAGAAGUUGGAUUAGGACAAGGGUCCUGUCAUAGAGCAAGAGCAUUGCUUCUCUGUUUCUGAGUGAUUCCUUUCAUUUCCUCUCCCUCUCACAACAGACUAGGAAGUUGUUUUGUUCAACAGCCUCUUUAUAGUAUUUUCGAUAUUAAAUGUUUUCAUUACACAGUCUAUAUGUUUAUUUUUAAACUGAGUGGUUCGAGACUUGAAUGCUGAUUUGGCUGACAGCCGUGGUAUAUCAGACCGUAUACCACAGGUAUGACAAAACAUGUGUUUUUACUGCUCUAAUUAUGUUGGUAACCAGUUUAUAAUAGCAAUAAGGCACCUCGGGGUUUGUGGUUUAUGGCCAAUAUACCACGGUGCCUAUGAACAGCCCUUAGCUGUGGUAUAUUGGCCAUAUACCAAACCCCCUCAGGCCUUAUUGCUUAAUUAUAGCUUCCUUUUAUCUUUCUUGUUUUCUGGGAAAUCUAGAGUGACACUGUUGGAGUUAAUUGAGGUCUACAAGGGAUUAGGGUAUAGGAUUGGUUUGGAAAUUAGGGUCUAAGGGUCAGGUUUUAUGUUUGCUUGGGAUUAAGUCAUCCAAAUUGUAUUCGUUUUAUUUGAGGUUAGUUGCUGGUAAACACAAUACAGCCCAGCAUGGAAAUCAAUCAUCCUUCUUCCUGUCGGCCAGUCGGUUAGCAGAGAAAAUGCAGAGAUGCCCUUAGUUGUUCAUCCGUCUCCUUUCCCCCUGUAAUUGGGGGGGGUCGGACUCCAGUAGCAGCCAUUUAAUUGAUGGCUGAUUUUAUGUGGUGUGGCAGAAUUGAACAAGUGUGGCCAGUGAGGCUCUUAUCUGGUCUGGGGGUGGAGGGACGGUGGUAGGGCUGAUGGAAGGUGAUGGAUUAUGCAGCAUGUUGAUCUUUGUCUGAGUGAGUCCACACAAGUCAAUCUCAGCCUGAUUUUACAGCUAAACAAUGUAUUGAUGUUUGUUGCCAUUUUAUUCAACAACUUUUGAAACCUUUUUCAAGAACAGCACACGCAUAGUGGCACUGACUGUCUUCAGGUUUAUUGUCUGCUCUACCACCACUCUGGGGGAGUAAGCGCUGGGAUUCCAGCAGCUCCAUCUCGACCUGUCCCCAGGGGCUUCAGGCCUUGGCUGGGUUUCUCUGCAGCAGAGUACCUCUCCUCUGUUCCCUGGAUGUCUCAGUGGGCCUACAGUGCAUUCGGAAAGUGUUCAGACCCCUUGACUUUUUCCACAUUUUGUUACGUUACAGCCUUAUUCUAAAAUUGAUUAAAUUGUUUUUUCCCCCUCAUCAAUCAACACACAAUACCCCAUAAUGGGUUUUUUUGCUAAUUUAUAUAUAACAAAAAAAAACUAUAUUUACAUAAGUAUUCAGACCCUUUACUCAGUACUUUGUUGAAGCACCUUUGGCAGCGACUACAGCCUCAAGUCUUCUUGGGUAUGACGCUACAAGCUUGGCACAUCUGUAUUUGGGUAGUUUCUCCCAUUCUUCUCUGCAGAUCCUCUCAAACUCUGUCAGGUUGGAUGGGGAGCUUGCUGCACAGCUAUUUUCAGGUCUCUCCAGAGAUGUUAGAUCGGGUUCAAGUCCGGGCUCUGGCUUUGCCACUCAAGGACAUUCAGAGACUUGUCCCGAAGCCACUCCUGCAUUGUCUUGGCUGUGUGCUUAGGGUCGUUGUCCUGUUAGAAGGUGAACCUUCGACCCAGUCUGUGGUCCUGAGCAGGUUUUCAUCAAGGAUCUCUCUGUACUUAGCUCCGUUAAUCUUUGCCUCGAUCCUGACUAGUCUCCCAGUCCCUGCCGCUGAAAAACAUCCGCACAGCAUGAUGCUGCCACCACCAUGCUUCACCGUAGGGAUGGUGCCAGGUUUCCUCCAGACAUGACGCUUGGCAUUCAGGCCAAAGAGUUCAAUCUUGGUUUCAUCAGACCAGAGAAUCUUGUUUCUCAUCGUCUGAGUCCUUUAGGUGUCUUUUGGCAAACUCCUUUUGGCUUCCAUCUGGCCACUCUACCAUAAAGGCCUGAUUGGUGGAGUGCUGCAGAGAUGGUUGUCCUUCUGGAAGGUUCUGCCAUCUCAACAGAGGAACUGUGGAGCGACCAUUGGGUUCUUGGUCACCUCCCUGACCAAGGCCCUUCUCCCCCGAUUGCUCAGUUUGGCCGGGCGGCCAGCUCUAGGAAGAGUCUUGGUGGUUCCAAACUUCCUUUUAAGAAUGAUGGAGGCCACAAUUCCUUCGACCUCAUGGCUUGGUUUUUGCUGUGACAUGCACUGUCAACUGUGGGACCUUCAUAUAGACUGUUGUGUGCCUUUCCAAAUCAUGUCCAAUCAAUUGAAUUUACCACAGAUGGACUCCAAUCAAGUUGUAGAAACAUCUCAAGGAUGAUCAAUGGAAACAGGAUGCACCUGAGCUCAAUUUUGAGUCUCAUAGCAAAGUGUCUGAAUACUUAUGUAAAUAAGGUAUUUCUGUUUUUUACUUGUAAUAAAUUUGCUUACAUUUCAAAAAAACUGUUUUCGCUUUGUCAUUAUUGGGUAUUGUGUGUAGAUUGCUGAGGAUUUGUAUUUAUUUAAUCAAUUUUAGAAUAAGGCUGUAGCGUAACAAAAUGUUGAAAAAGUCAAGGGGUCUAAAUACUUUCCGAAGGCAAAGUGUGGAAGUGUAGACUUACCAUCUUGCCUCUGCACAUGCUUCCCUUAGCUGCCCCCUCUCUCAUAGAAACGCUCCUAGCCUAUCUCAGUGUGAGAGUCUUGAUUUUGUAGUUUAAGUGACACUUUAGGUCAAGAUGAACAGCCUGUGUUGCAUAGCUUUUUGCCUCUCUCAAAGUUUAAGUUUUUGUACAGUAUAAGUAUCAACAACUUGGUAUUCAUAAUGCAGUGGGUUCAUUUUCUCCAAGUGUAAAACGGUAAGAGACUAGCAAGUCACACCGGUUGUAUUAAAACGAUCCAUAUUCAUCUUAACGCUCUACUGAUUGUCCUAUUCCCUGUGAGACGUGUAUGGGUAUCGCCUCACUCCUCGUCCAGACAAACAGAAUGUAUGAGUAGAAUUCAUCUAUUCAGCGUUUUCAGAGUUCCGUGCUCUACAUUGUAAUGAGGCUCCCAUGAUGAUGAAUGCAAGGCAGAGAGGCCUGUCUGUUUCUCAGAAAUUCACUGCUCCGCCUUAACUCGAUUUUAAAUUGCAUAAAGUACAAAAUCAUCUCUUGCUUGAAUGUUUUGGUUUUGAGGCACUCCUUGUCUGGAUUUGUUUCUGUAACUCACAGAGGAGUAAAACUAAGCAGUCAGUAAUGACUUGGAGGAGGGUGGAACAUUUGUACUUGAUGUGCUUCUUCUAGAAUUAAUAAAUUAUUGUAAGCAAACUCUUGUUUUGAGUGUGGACUGGCAGCAUUAUUGUCAGCAGUACAUGAUUGCCAUUGUUGAUUCACAGUGAAUGUAUAUAUACUGAACAAAAAUAUAAACACAACAUGUACAGUGUUGGUCCCAUGUUUCAUGAGAUGAAAUAAAAGAUCCCAGGAAUUUUCUGUAGGUACAAAAAGCUUAUUUCUCUAAAACUUUUUGCACUCAUUUGGUUACAUCCCUUUUAGUGAGCAUUUCUCCUUUGCCAAGAUAAUCCAUCUACCUGACAGCUGUGGCAUAUCAAGAAGCUGAUUUAAACAGCAUUAUCAUUACACAUGUGCACCUUGUGCUGGGGACAAUAGAAGGCCACUCUAAAAUGUGCAGUUUUGUCACACAACACAAUGCCACAGGUGUCUCAUGUUUUGAGGGAGCGUGCAACUGGCAUGCUGACUGCAGGAAUGUGCAUCAGAGCUGUUGCCAGAGAAUUGAAUGUUAAUUUCUCUACCAUAAGCCACCUCCAACAUCUUUUUAGAGAAUUUGGCAGUAUGUCCAACCGGCCUCACAACCGCAGACCACGUGUAACCACGCCAGCCCAGGACAUCCACAUCCGUCUUCUUCACCUGAAGACCAGUCACCCGGACAGCUCAAUUAAUUGAUUUAAAUUGACUGAUUUCCUUAUGUGAACUGUAACUCAGUAAAAUCGUAAAAAUGAUUGCAUGUUGUGUUUAUAUUUUUGUUCAGUAUAGCAUUAAAUCCUACUGGUCAGUUAGACCUACACCUGUUGUUCUAAUUUCAGACACAGGUGUUCAAAUGGGAAGAAGAUUCAUGUGGGUGUUUUGUGACGGACAUGGAGUGUGAUGGGGUUGUUGUGUGUUGUCAGGGCUGGACCUGGAGGAGGGGAAGGAAGGAGGGUCAUGGCUGGGGAUCAACAAGAGGGGCAAGCUGGCCGCACUAACCAAUUACCUGGAGGGAAGGCCCAAUUCAGACGCACAAGGAAGAGGUGAGGACCAACUUGGAUGA